AUGUCCACCACCAUCCUCCCUCCCGAUCUCCCAGAAAACGCAGUGUACACGAGAUGCUACUGCGAAGAGAACAUCUAUCUCUUAUGUCGUGACUUUCUGUCGAAGCCUGAGAUCGCAGAGAAGUGGAACCUAUGGGUUUUAUUCGUUUCGAACGAGAACAAAAUGGCUGCCCUCUUCUUCCAGAAAUCAUCUAGGAGAGAAGACCUUCCUGUCCUCUGGGACUAUCAUGUUAUUCUCAUCCUCCAACCGCGAGUGGAUAGCGAUCUCGAUGAAAGAAGGGAGCUGAGAGGGAAUGCAUCUUGGGCGUACGAUUUCGAUACCCGCCUUCCUAUACCAUGUCCAUGGGAAGAUUAUUUGGAGAUGACGUUCCCUAAGGAUCUGUUGACUGAAUACGAGAGGUGA